CCAUGUGGGUCACUCAGCUCUGAAGUCUACUUCGGGAGAGUAUGAAGACAAGCUGUGUUACACCACCCUGCAGCCCAACAAGAUAUUACAUAACGUGGAUCCCCUGCUAAUAACCAUGACAACCCUAAAGCUGUGACUAGCACUGUGAGGCCUUUACCCCUUCUGCGCACCCGAUCUGGACCCUUCUCCUUUUUUGAAAAUCCCUUUCCCCAGCAAACAAAACAUAGUUACUUGCCUGUCCCAGAUUUUCUCUUUAAUAAUUACAAAUUCUUAUUCUUUAUAAUUCCUUUUCUUUGGCAUCAUGCAAGGUGCCACCUCCAUUCUACUUAUUUUUCCCUCCCUCAUAUUUGUCUCCCUCAUUCCUAAUGUGGUCAAUGGGGACUGCUGGCUCAUUGAGGGCGACAAAGGAUAUGUGUGGCUGGCAAUCUGCAGUCAGAACCAGCCACCUUAUGAGACUAUCCCCCAACACAUCAACAACACAGUCCAUGACUUAAGACUUAAUGAGAACAAACUUAAAGCUGUGCUCUUUAGUUCCAUGUAUCGCUUCACCAAUCUGACUGACCUCAACCUCACCAAAAACGAAAUCAGCUACAUUGAGGAUGGAGCCUUUGCAGGCCAAGCCAACUUACAGGUUUUACAGCUGGGCUACAACAAGUUGACAAACUUAACUGAGGGUAUGAUGAGAGGGCUUGGCCGCCUGCAAUGCCUCUUUCUCCAGCACAACCUCAUUGAGGUAAUUGCCAGCAAUGCAUUCUGGGAGUGCCCUAGCCUGAGUAGCAUUGACCUGUCAUCCAACAAACUUGCCCGCAUCGAUCCAUCCACAUUUACUGUUUUAAUGCGGCUAAUGGUGUGUGAACUUGCAGCCAAUCCAUUUCAUUGUGGAUGUGAUCUCUUGAGCUUUUUAAGCUGGUUGGAAUCCUUCAACAAUGUCACACACACCUAUGACCGCCUCCAGUGUGAGACACCACGGGAAAUGUUUGGCUUUCCUUUAUUGAGUCCCAUUGCUUCUGGCCACGCUGGUCGUAAUGCCAAAAACGUUUUGUACCAUCGCUGCCGAAAUGGAGUGAUGAUUCCAGGAAUGACAUCUCUCCCACCAGAUCUGGAUGGACCUUCUGGGAUGGGACCAGAGAUGUUUGGUGUUGCCGGACCGUACAACCAGCCCACCACCUCUUCAUCAUCCACUGCACCCCUCGUCCCAAGCAUCAAGCUCCAUCGUGUCUCGUUGUCAUCAGCCUCUCUACUAGUGCAGAUUCCAAAUCCCUUCAGUAAAAUGUAUAUUCUAACACAAUACAACGACACAUUUGUGUCAGAUGUCAUGACUUUGAAGAACAAGAAAGAGAUGGUCACCCUCAGCAAACUCAAACCACACAAUAACUACACCUUUUGUGUUGGAUCUAUUCGCAACUCUCAACGAUACAACCACACCUGCGUCCAAUUUUCCACUCGUGCUCAAAUUCCAGACAACAGCCUCCCUACACCCUCGACUACUACUCACUACAUAAUGACUAUUGUGGGCUGUCUUUUUGGAAUGCUUAUCAUUUUAGGCCUUGUCUACUAUUGUCUGAGAAAGAAACGCAUGCAUGAUGAGAAGAAAAAGUCCAUUUGUGUCAAGAAAACAAUCCUAGAGAUGCGCUAUGGACCUGAGGUAGCAGCAGCAGUGGCAAAUGAUCCAUCAGCAGUCCAUAAGCUUCAGGAGCAGUCCAGAGAACAUCACCAGUAUCAGCACCAUCAUGGAAGCAAACUUCCCUUGUCAACAUCCUCCAGCUUGGGAAUGCUCCACUCAGCCAACACCAGCUCCUCCAGACUUUCCUCGAUCCCACAAGUGGAAAAGAUGGCCACUGCCUUUUCAGAGGCCAGAGCUACAAGUAAAGGAAACUAUAUGGAUGUCAGAACUGUAGGGAUAGGAGAUGGUGGGCAUGGAGUAAUGAGGGGGGGUGACUUGAGGGAUGAUGAUGGAACUGAUAUUGGGGAUGACUCAGAUGAUGAUGGCCAUGGAUCUGCAUCAGAGAUAUCCACCAUUGCCAUGGAGGUAGACAAGGUCAAUCAAAUCAUUAACAAUUGCAUCGAUGCACUGAAGUUAGAUGCAGCAGCAGUUGCUGCUUCUGGGGCGUCAAGUGACCAUACCUCCUCCAAUCCCACCUCCCCUCCCCCUAAUAGUGCGUCCUCCCUUACUCGAGGCCUAAUCGCUCUCAACCAAGGGGGAGAGACUUGUCAAAUUAUUGCUCCAAAUAAAAUACCACCUCCACCUCCCCUCCCUGCCUUGAAUGCCCCUCUCUCUGAGCGCCCAGGAAUCAGUGGUGGCGGCUUUGUUGUCACUCCCCCUUACAGGCCCCCUCCACCAGCCACUGCUGUACGUCCCAUUCAGCGUCAAAUGAGUGCAGAUGCAGCUGUGGUUAUUGUAAAUGCGGUCAAAAAACAGUGCAGCACCACCUCUUGUGGUUCUAUGGAUCGGGACAGGGAACGUGGAGGCGCUAGGGUCUAUAGCCUGGAUGUUCCUGAGCCAAGGAGCCCAGAUGCCUGUAAUCAACAACAGCAGCAGUACCCAGACAGGGCCAGUCCCUUGGGCUGUGGAGAGCCUCUAGAGAGGCUGCCUUUGGUGGAAAGUAGGAGCUGUGGUGGAGGGGGUGGUGGUGGAUGCGACAGUGGUGGUGUUGGUGGCCAACAUCAGGACAGCCAGAAGUCACACCACUUUCAUCAACAGCAAAUAUUGCAGCAGCAGCAACAGCUGCAACAGCAACAGCAGCAGCAGCAGCAGCAGUGUGAAGUACAGCAGGACUACCACUGCUCGGAGCACCGCCACUCUGUCCCAGCUCUCUACUAUGAAGGCUCCCACAAGGGCUCCCCAGCCCAAAGGGUUUCAUUCCUAAAGCCCCUGACCCGCUCACGCAGGGAUGCAGCAUCUUACUCCCAGCUUUCGCCUGCCCGUCACCAUUCCAGUUACUCUGGCUAUUCCUCCAGCCCAGAGUACUCCUCAGAGAGCUCACUGCGGAUCUGGGAGCGCUUUCGUCCAUACCGGAAAGGCCAGCGUGAUGAGGCCUGUUAUGUGACGGCCGGUAAUGCCCUUCGAAAAAAGGUGCAAUUCGCCAAAGGCGAGGACUUGCAUGACAUCCUUGAUUAUUGGAAGGGUGUCUCAGCGCAGCAGAAGCUAUGACUGUAGGAUCAAAUUAAGCAUUGUGGGAUAAAGAGUUUGGAUACUUCUUUUCUUGGUGGCCCUGUGAGCCAGCCAGAGAAACCAUAUGAAAUUAAUGGGGAGGAAAAAUGUACAAAGUAAAUUUGCCUCUGGGUGUUCUUGGCAUGCUAGGUGUAUAGAAUAUUGUGCUGAGAGCAAGGACUGUGAAACUGUGCCUGGGAUUUGCGAGUAAUUAUCGUGUAUUAUUUUAUAUUUCACUGUGGCCCAAUUUCGUAGUCAUUCUCAUUUAGUUUCUGUGUGUUUUAUUUAUAGAACAUUUCAAAUGUCUAAUUAUUGCUGUUUAAGUGAUCACAUUUUGUGAUUUAUGGACAAUCUUUGUCAGUGCCAUGUUGUCAUCUAUUUACAGAAGGUCAAUGUUGAUAUCCUUCACAGGUUGUGGGAUUCUUAUUUUGUAUGGGUGAUCUGUCAAUCUGCAGUGUUCUUGGAUGUGAUUGGACAUGAAGGUAGACUAUGAUGGGGCGGGAAAUGUGUUUUAUUAUACUGAUCGGUCAACAAAUUUGUCAAAUACAGGCCCUGUCUCUCUUCAAUGAGAUCUAUAAUGCAGCUGAAAUUUCAAUAGCAUCCGUCACACAGGAAGAAAAUCAAUUGGAACCUUGGCCUCAGAAUAGUGGUGUGAUUGCACCCUUAUGUGUUCACAUCUUCCCAACUUGGGUGGUUCACUGAGUGAUGUCAAGAAUGUUCCACUGGCUGCUUAAAUAAUGGCUUAAUAUGAAGGGGUGGCAAAACAAUGUUCAGUUUAUUAAGGAAAUUAUAUGCCACUUACCCGACAGUAGGGACAUGGACAAAGUGGCAGAUUACGUUGUGAUUCUCUUACAGUGAGGAAUGUGGGAUGUGACCCAUUUGUGACCAGUAGAAAUUGAAAGUCAGAGGGCAUAUGAAGGAAAAAAAGGAGCUAAGAAAAUGAGUCAUACAAAUAACGUAAUUUUCUGCAGCCACUGUGAAUGUAAGUAAAUUACAAGCACGUUAUGGGCAAGACUUUUUACAUCAUCCAAUGUGAGCAGCACAGUACAUUGCAAAUCCUCUAACAUUAAAAAAAACUAAGAGAGAGAGGCACAGAGGGAAAGGACACUUCUAAUUACUGCCAACUCGUCUGUUUUUGUUCUGGAAAUUAAUAUUCUUGUUGUCUGUUGAGAACUUAAUUAGCCAACUUGUGACAGGCAUGUUUGCUUGCACUUUACGCCUCAUGAUUGUGUGUGGUACACAGUGGUCAGUGUAAGUGGGUGUUGGCAUGCCUUGUCAUAUUUUACUGUAUAUGCCCAAACUGAUUUAAAUUGAUAGUUGUCAGUAUCUUGCCCGGUGGCUGGUUGUCUGAGUCUAAACAAUACUAGAUUAUUUAUGGCAUGGACAAAUGUAAAAAAAAAAAAAUAUCACCAAUGUUCAAUGUAUUUUCCAAACAUAUAGUACAUCACAUGAGAAAAAUGCUCAGAUUCAUAUCGUAGUGCCUCUUGCUAACACAACCAUGGUCUAAUCUGCAUUCAUGUAGAGUAUUAUCCAUCCUCAUCUAUCUAAAUCUACUUGUGACCUAAAAUGAUAACUUCAUUGCCUGGCGUUCUGCUAAAAGGGCAGCCUGUUUACCCAAAGUGCUGUGUAGCUGUUAAAAUUAUGCAUCAUCGGCUAACAUACACAAUCUGAGACAUCAUACCCUAAAAAUGUGAAAACAUAAUCCAUACGCCUCACUUUUUCACUGAUUAUAUUCAAAGAAAACAUAUUAUAAUGACAAGUUUGAUUUCACGAAUGUUUUGAUUAUUUUUUUUUUUAGUUUGACCCAUACUAGAUUCAUUGCUAAACACAACAGUCCCUUGUUAUUAAAUGAUAGAAAUAAGUCAUUUUAUUGUAGACGGGACUUGGGUCUAAACUGAGAAAGGGUGGUGUGCAUUGGUAUGUGCACAUUGAUCUGUGUAUGUCUUCCACUCUUUUUUCUUUUUUUUAAUGAAACAUCUAUAGCACUGUCGCUUCCCCACAAUCAGAGUCAAGAGGUCAUGUCCCUCGGAGUGUUCGUGAUCGACGGCUGUUCACACAGAUGUAAAAUCAAGGGCCUCAGUGUAUUUUUUUGGCGUUACGUGUCUUUCUUUUUAAAAUGAAGCACCAUACGAUGACCAUGUGAUUUUUUUUUCUCCCUGUCUCCCACCGAUCUCCUGUUAUCUGAGAUAACAAAGUUUAAAGAGGAACUUGCUACUGUGAUCGACUCAGACUCUCAACAAAUCAGAGGAGAGGGUUUUCUCUCUGUUACACUGUAAGAGUACUUAAUCCCACAGAAAGGAACUUGGUGUGUUUGACUCCUCAGAUCCUCAACUGCCAUAACUAAGUUCACAAAAAUGGACACUCAGCAACGUCAGAAAUGUUUGUUUUAUUUUCACCAAGCUGGAAAAUAUAUAAUGUGACAGAAAAUGAUGUUAAUCAAAGUUUUAAUGGAUUGUAUUUAGGUUCUUUUGCAUUUAAAUUUACACAUUAACCAUACUAAUGCAUUUCAGAAGGUAUAGAUUGAAGGUGUAGAAGGAGACAGAUGCUAGUUCAAGUGCUCUUCUGCUCAAAUUUAACUCUUUGGUGAGACAAUGGUGAGCUAAAAGUGCCAAUUGUUUGAAUAAUAAUUAUUAUAUAAGCGGUUGUUGAAAUGGGAGGUGAUAUUGUGUUGGUCAUGAUUAAUAAUUGCUUUAAAUCAUAAUCACUAGUCAUGCAAAAUGGCUUUUAUGAUUAUGUUAUUAUUAUGAACUAAAACAUUACUGAUUCCUAAUGUAUGAAUCUACAGGAGUACAUGUUUCGAUUAACAGAGCUCAAGUAAUUAACCUGCUGAUUUUUGCUGUGUUUCCACCGUGUGGAACGGAUCAGUUUGAUACAGUAUGGUGCAUAUUUGUUUGUGUUUCCAUUAGGAAUAGUACCAAGAUAACCAGCCCCUACCAUUCCCCUUCUCUUGGGGUAUCAGAGUAAAAUGGCGUGGUUAGUUCAGGGUGGAGCUAGACUGGAUCCACCCAUGACAGUCAGCUGAUUGAGCGACUGAUUGCUAUCAGUGUAAAUCUCCCAUGGAAGUUGAGACAAAUGCCUGCAGUCUAUUCUCAUACAAAGCUUGAUGUGUUGUUGAGACAAACGGCCACAAACCAAUCAGGAAAAAAAAACGAGCCGCUGGAUGUCGUCCAUUGUAGUUUGUUGCGUUCAAUGUCGUUGUUUUUUAUUGUCACACUGUUACGAUGUCACGCUUGCGUAUCUUGCUGACGUGGCCAUCCAAGCACUACCUACUAAGUAAAGGUACUGUUCUCAGUUGACAUGCAAGCCUGACCCAGGGCUUUACCAUUCCAAACCAUACCGUGCUGUACCAAACCAAACCUUAUCAUGGUGGAAACAUGGCAUUAACGUGCUGCUCUUUAAUGCUUUUUGUAGAAUUCACACUUUUUCAUAUUCAAAACCUGGACAAACGCAACUCUAUUUUCUUAAGUAAUGAAUCGAGGCUCACAAUGGGGGUGCGGAUUUAUGUCUAAUCAGUGUAUAAAUUAAUUAAAGAAGUGAUUAAUGUUUCCAUUAAAAAAAGAAGAAGACCACACUCAGCCUUUUUGUGACUCCCAUUUAUUCCAUGAAUGUGGGACAUCACUUUAAGGAGUGAGAGAAUCUUAGUCAUUCUUUUGCUUGAUAACACAUUGUUAGAUUUAAAAUGAAUUCAUCCACUGUACAUUACCAGCUGUGACGGCAGAUACACUCUGUAUAACAAACAAGUCAUUUUUUUUACUAUGUUGUAUAUAUCAAUGAUCUCAUUUUUUUCCCCUCCUUCUAAGCUCUCACCAGCAAUUACUUACUGCAAGAGAGGAUGGCGAAAUGGAACAUGGCAAUGUGAGUCAGGAUGAAUCAGGAUGAAUCACGGUCUGACUAAAGUGAACUAAAAUAAAAACGUAAUGGGCAAAGUGUCCAGAGCUAGUAGCGCAAAGACGGGGCUAUUGGCUUAAUACAGGCAGACAUCUGGUAUAAUAACUGUGGAAGCAUGACUGUGCUGAAACAUGCGACAGUUGAACAUAACUGUGCGACCAGUUCAUUGAAAGAUAUUUGAUUUUCAAAGCACUGAGGAGUGAAACUUCAGCUCCACUCAGUGACAGCCAGGUAUUAGCACCACUGCAUAUCCUGUCACUUGGUUUCCGUUGUCCCUUUAUAUCAUUUUAUUAACUCCAUUAGUUUACCGCAUGGGAGAAUAACCUGCAUGGAUAAUGUGCUGAAUUUGAUUUGAGCAGAUUACAACUGUAAUGUGUCCUUGUGAAGGGCUCAUGUGUUCAAAAUGAAAUGCAUACCAUUUUAAUUGCGCUCUAAUGUGAAUCUGUAUUUGUCUUGGGAGUGACGAGACAAAUGAAACUUAUCUACUCCAACUCUGUAAUUUAAGAGACAGCUUCGAUGGGCCGAGCACUGCCAAUGAUUCCGUUCCAACUGCCAAACGCUCUGCAAGAAGCAGCAGAAAGAGGGCUCCUAAACUGCGUUAAUAGUCUUGUUUGUUUACUUUUGCCUCCGCAGUUUAUGUUGUUUGCUGACAACUGAAACUCAUCAGAAUGUUGCAGACUACGUUUAUCCCUAUUAUAUUCACACGUCCUAUUGGACAACUCUGCUGGCGAAUGAAUUCAUAAAUAAAUAAAUAAAGAGAUAAAGCUACUCUAAGCUCAAAACUAUGCAUGCAGUCUGCGUGGGGCUUUAAAUUUCUUUGUCAGCCAUUUGGGCUGGAAAAUGAAUUUAAGGUGGAAAAACCACUGGUGAUUCUAAAUAAAUAAUAAGGUUUUCUGAGCAGAAAAGCAUUUGAGAAUCUGUUGUCAGCCAAAAUGGGCUAAGAUUUGCAGUUCCAGCUUUUCAUGACGACACACACAAACACAGAGACAAACAUCAUUUUCUUUAUUAACACGCACACAUUAUGCAUUGGUUGAAACUGUUUGUCUCCAAAGAUGGAUAAAGGACUUAAAAAUGUGAAAUAUCUGUGAAUUUUGUACACAAGUAUAUAAAAGAAAAAAAAUACUAAAGUAAAAAAAAAAGAAGGAAAAAAAGCUUCUAUUGAUGUUUUAUACUCAGCCUGAAAUCUUGAUAUGUCUGCGUGUUCCUUUAUUUUCAGUUGGACUUUUGUCUUUGUUUUUUUUAUUUUGGGUUUUUCUCGGGAGAGGGUUAUAGGGGGGCAUUGGUACAUAAAAGGGGUCGACUUUUAAUACGAGCAAUGAUAUAUGAUAUAAAGGUUUAAGAGAAAUGGAGAAAGCUUAACAUAAUGUAUUACAUAAAAGAAAAGUUGUUAUA